AUGGCGGACGAGGUGAAGACGACGGUCCCCGGCGUGGAGCUGGUCUCAGGCAGCAUCAGUCUCCCGUCGACUGAGACGAACACGCUCGAUGAACCUGUCUCGGCUACCAUUCUCCGCGACCUGCGGCUCGUCGGUAGCAAGUUGCGCGUCGUGCUCAUGCCCAGUAACACGUCAGAAGAGACGCUGAAGGCGCUGCGGGACUGGGAUCUCUGGGGACCACUGCUGCUAUGUCUGACGCUCUCCAUAAUGCUGAGCGUGACGGCUCCUGCGGCUCAGUCGGCCAUGGUGUUUACAGGGGUCUUUGUGGUGAUCUGGCUGGGUGCUUCGAUCGUCACUGUCAAUGCACAACUGCUGGGUAGCUCCAUAUCGUUCUUUCAGAGCGUGUGCGUGCUGGGGUACUGCGUGUUUCCACUGAACAUCGCGACGCUCGUGUGCAUGCUGACAAGAAUCGCGGUCUCGCACAUUGCGCUGCGUGCGUUGGUCGUUGGUGUGGGUUUUCUCUGGUCGACACGAGCGUCGGUCGUGUUCAUGUCGAAACUAGUGCCGCCGAAGCGAAAAGCACUGACAGUGUACCCAGUCCUGCUUUUUUACCUCUUUAUCAGCUGGAUGGUGCUUAUCCAGUAA